AUGGGAAAUUAUGAAGAUGAAGGUGAAGGAACAUUACAAGUGCAACACAAAGAUGUUAAUGAAUUGGAUGAAGAAGGUUGGAGGAUUGUAUCCAAGAAAGGUGAAAUUAUAGAAUUGGGUGUAUUGGGUGAAGGUGCUGGUGGUUCAGUUAGUAGAUGUAAAUUAAAGCAUGGGAGCACAGUGUUUGCACUAAAGACAAUCAUAACAGAUCCGAAUCCAGAGACUCAGAAGCAAAUAUUGAGAGAAUUGCAAUUUAACAAGAGUUGUAAAAGUCCCUUUAUUGUUAAAUAUUAUGGAAUGUUUUUAAAAGAAGAGACAGCUUCAAUUUGCAUAUCGAUGGAAUAUAUGGGUGGUCGUUCAUUAGAUGCAAUUUAUAAAAAAGUUAAACUACGUGGAGGAAGAAUUGGUGAGAAAGUUUUAGGGAAAAUUGCAGAUUCCGUGUUGAAAGGUUUAUCAUAUUUACAUGAACAUCGUAUAAUACAUCGUGAUAUUAAACCACAAAACAUUUUAUUGGAUUCGGAUGGGAACAUCAAAUUAUGUGAUUUUGGUGUAAGUGGAGUUGUUGUCAAUUCAUUAGCGACAACAUUCACAGGGACGUCAUAUUAUAUGGCACCUGAAAGAAUUCAAGGACAUCCAUAUUCGGUGACGAGUGAUAUUUGGUCAUUAGGAUUAACUCUAUUAGAGGUUGCUAAGGGUCAAUUCCCAUUUGAAAUGGAUACAACAAAUACUUCACCAAUUGAAGUGUUGACAUUGAUUAUGACAUUUACACCAAGGUUAGAAGAUGAAGAUGGAAUUGUUUGGUCUGGUGCUUUUAGAUCGUUUAUUGAUUAUUCUUUGAAGAAAAAUUCAUCAGAAAGACCUAGUCCAAGACAGAUGUUGUCACAUCCAUGGGUUGUUGGACAAAGUAAAAAAAGUGUUAAUAUGGGUAAAUUUGUUAGACAAUGUUGGGAUGAUGUGUAA